CAAAUAUGAAUGAAUCUUUCCAUGUCACAUUGAUUUUUGCAGCCUACAAGGACAUGGGCUCAGCCAAAUAUGUACUUUUUACUGUUGUUUUCCUCAUAUACCUUGCCUCCCUAUUAGUCAGUAUUUCUAUUUUGCUUUUAAUUUACCUGGACAUUUCCCUCCAUAAGCCAAUGUUCAUAUUUUUAUUCAGCUUAAUUGCAAAUGGGUUGAUUGGAAGUACAGCUGUUUGGCCAAAGGUUAUGGUCUUGCUCUUAACAGAUGUGAAUACAGGAUCGUACAAGGGGUGUCUUAUUCAGAUUUUUCUCAUCGGAUCCUAUGGAGUCUGUAACAACGCAAUGCUAACAGUAAUGGCUUAUGACAGAUUUGUCUCCAUAUUUAAGCCUUUGCAGUAUCACACCAUCAUGACCCCACAGAAAGUGAAACAGCUGUCCUUUGUUGCUUACUUUGUACCUGCAACUUUUCUACUUGGUCAAGUAUGUCUGACAACCCAGAUUUCCCUGUGCCAAUACACGAUUCACAAGAUUUUUUGUGAUAAAUUAUCUAUCUUCAGUUUAUCAUGCGGUGACAGCAUUAUCAGUCAUGUGAGCAAUGUGUAUGGUAUAUUUCUCCUCAUUGGUUUUGGUGUUCUCCCUGUAUUUCUCGUUUUUCUGUCAUAUUGGAAAAUUGUGUUGGUAACAAUGAAUGCUUCAACAAAUGCGAGAAAAAAAGCCUUUGAAACAUGCACUCCACAUUUAAUUAUUUUUAUUAAUUUCUCUGUGGCCACAUUCUUUUCUAUUAUAUAUAAUCGCAUCAGUGAUUAUGUACCAGGAGGGCUUAAUGUAUUUGUGUCUAUAAAUUAUGUACUUAUACCCCCACUGAUGCAUCCCGUUAUAUAUGGUUGGAAAAAUAAGGAAAUUCAACGAAGCCUCUCCAAAAUUUGGAGAAAGGCCAUUUUUGCAGUCUCUGAAAGUCUUCCAAGAGUUGACAAAUCUUCCAAGGUCAUAACAUACUGUAGGUAA